GACUCCCUCUAAUCAGCACAAAUUCACAAACGUAAUGGCAGGUGCAAUCACUCGGGUCCCGCUUAGGCUGGGCAAGUUAAUUCCACAAAAUACGUGCUUGUUUCUUUGUGAUUUACAGGAAAAGUUUAGGAACAACAUCCAGUACUUCCCACAAAUAGUGGAAAUCUCGGGCAGACUGUUGAAGGCCUUCUCGCUGCUGGAGCUUCCCGUGGUUGCCACCGAGCAGUACCCGAAAGGUCUUGGUAACACAGUAGCAGAGCUGUCUUUAGCUGAACACAAUGUGCCUGUGUUUGACAAGACGAAGUUCUCCAUGUGUUUGCCACCCAUCCAGGACAUCAUCAAAGAUAAAGAGAUCAAGUCUGUAGUGCUGUGUGGUAUUGAAGCUCAUGUGUGUGUGCAGCAGACAGCCCUUGACCUCUUGGAGAGUGGCUUAGAGGUGCAUGUGGUGGUGGAUGCCUGCUCCUCUCGCUCAAUGACUGACAGGAUGUACGCCUUUGAAAGGAUGAGAGACAGUGGAGCCUUCUUGACAACCAGUGAAUCUGUCAUUCUCGGACUCGCAGGUGGUUCUUCUCACCCAAUGUUCAAACAACUUCAGAAAAUUAUCUGGGAAUCUGCUCCUGACACAGGACUAUUGGCUGCAAGACAGAAACCCUUGCUUGCAGCUCUAGCUGAUGCUGGAAAAGAUGCAAAAUUAUGAUUCUAGCAUAUAUUCAGUUAAUGUUACAAAUGCAGAACAAAAUCUUUUACUAUGGAUAAUUUUUGAGUAUAAUUUUGCUCAACACAGGAAAAGCUCAGAAACUGUUAGUAACAUUCAGCUUAAAGAAUGUUAGAUAUAUAUCUACAUGUAAAUGUAUGAUACUUAAUAUCUUAAAUGGGUUGUAUGUAUUUUCUUAUAUAAAGGUUUCCAUAUGAA